AUGUCCUUUGCCGAAUCGGCAAGCCAGGGCUUGUUCCAGGUCAACGAGACGCAGUUUGACUUUAACCUGCGCUUCGAGCAAGUCUUCUUCUCCAUCAUUCCUUCGGCCAUAUUCAUCGUCGCUUCCCUAUGGCGAGCACUCUCCAAGGCCAGACAGCCGGCCGUCGUUGUCGCGCCCAUCUUUCAGGCUACUAAAGUGGCCGUUACCGCAGUGUAUGCCAUCCUCGAAUUGGCACUGCUCGUGGUCGCUGCCGCCGGUGGCUUCCGCACGACGCCGACGCUGCUCGCGUCCUCGGCGCUGAAGCUCCUCGCCGCGCUGUUGAUGGUUGUGCUGAGCUUCACGGACCACAGCAAGAGCGCGCGCCCGUCCAUCGUUCUCAACAUUUACGUCUUCUUCACGCUCAUCCUCGACGCCGCGCAGGCCAGGACGCUCUUCCUGCUCUCUUCUCCCUCCUCCGCAGGCAAUCAUCAUGAAUUCACUUACAGCGCGCUCUUUGUCACGACCGUCGCGGUCAAGCUCGUCAUCCUGCUGCUCGAGUCGCAGCGCAAGGCGAGAUGGGUGCGGUGGGCUGACGAAAAGGAGCACAGCCCCGAGGAGACGAGCGGCGUCUUCUCGCUCGGCGUCUUCUUCUGGCUGAACGGCCUCUUCCUUGUGGGCUACAAAAAGGUCAUGGCCAUUGCGGACCUCUUUCCGCUCGACAGCACGCUCGACGGCAAGCGCCUGCACGCCGCGUUUGCCAAGAACCUGCGCGCCGCCACGCUCAAGGGCGACAAGCUCGCGCUCCUCAAGGUCCUGGCGUGGACGAUGAAGGGCACCAUCCUCCUCGCCGUCGUGCCGCGGCUCUGCCUCCUCGGCUUCACCUUCAGCCAGCCCUUCUUCAUCGAGCGGCUGCUGGACACGCUGUCGCGGCCCGUCGUGCCCGCCAACACCAGCUACGGCCUCAUCGGCGCCGCGUUCCUCAUCUACCUGGGCAUCGCCAUCUCGACCUCGUUUUACUGGUACUACCAGUUCCGCAUGCUGGCCAUGGCACGCGCCAUGCUCGUCACAGAGAUCUACGCCCAGUCGACCCGGCUCUCCAUCGGCAAGGCCAGCGACAAUGCCGCGCUGACGCUGAUGAGCACCGACUGGGAGCGCAUCAACGAGGGCUUCCAGGCGAUGCACGACAUCUGGGUGAGCAUGGUGCAAGUCGGCCUCGCGUCGUGGAUGCUGUACCGCCAGCUGGGCUUCAUCUUCUUCGUGCCGCUCGGCAUCGUUCUCGUCAGCUUCGCGGGCGUCAGCUUCGUCUCGCGCUUCAUGGGCGGCUCACAAAAGGCGUGGAUGGAGGGCGUGGAGAAGCGCGUGGGUCUGACGGCGACGACCGUCGGCCACAUGAAGAACCUGAAAAUGUCGGGCCUCUCGUCAGCAAUUGAAGCACUUGUGCAGAAGCUCCGGGUGGACGAGCUGGCGGCGGGAUCGCUCUUCCGUCAGCUUGCCGUCGUGGCGGCUGCCUUUGGCUUCGCGCCGAUGCUUCUCUCGCCGCCCCUCACCCUCGCCUUUUCGCAGGGGACUCUGGAUGCCACGCGGGCCUUUACCAGUCUGUCGUACCUCGUCCUCUUGACUCUGCCACUGGGUAUUGUCUUUCAGCAGAUUCCACUGCUCAUCGGAGCCAAUGCUUGUGUAAGUCGUAUCCAAGAGUUUUUCGAAUGCGAGACGCAUGAAGACUUUCGUCAGAUUUUCGACAACGAGGAGUCUGUGUCCGAGAAGGAGGUAGCUGUGUCUAGUCGUCACGCAAUUGAGGUUUUGGACGGCAAAUUUGGGUGGGAGGCAGAUAAGCCUGUGUUACAAGGCGUCAACGUCGCGAUCUCUUCAUCUUCUCUCAAUAUGGUGGUGGGACCUGUCGGGUCAGGCAAGUCGACAUUCUGCAAAGCCGUGCUUGGCGAAACCGCCCAUAAUGAAGGCACAGUGACCCUCGGCACUCGUAAUCCUCACGUCGGCUACUGCGACCAGACUCCAUUUCUGUUCAACGGAUCAAUCCGAGACAACAUCGUUGGACAGUCGGAGUUCAACACAGAACGCUACAACGAGGUCAUCGAUGCAACUGCCCUCCGUUUCGAUCUCAACAACCUUCCGCAAGGCGACAAGACCAAUGUCGGCUCCGAUGGCAUCACGCUUUCCGGCGGCCAAAAGCAGCGCGUUGCCCUCGCCCGCGCGUUAUACCUGGACACGACGCUUCUGAUUUUUGAUGACGUCUUCAGUGGUCUGGAUGCCGAUACCGAGGAGAUUGUAUUCCGUCAGGUUUUUGGUUCUGGCGGCCUGCUUCGCAAGCGACGAUCUACUGUUCUUCUUUGCACGCAUAGCGUCAGACAUCUUCCUGCUGCCGACCACAUCAUUGCACUGGGUGCUGGUAACAUCUCAGAGCAAGGCACUUUCACAGAACUCAUGGCCAACCCCGACGGCUACGUACACCGCCUCGGCGUCAAGUCGGCAUCUGGCAGCGAGGCUGGGUCUGAGGAGACAGCCACGCCCGACAAGGCCGAAGAAGAUGCCACGCUGCCACAGCUUGAGGCCAUCGCUACCAAACAGUCCGAAGCUGCUGUGGGUGCGGAUCUAGCGCGCCAGCAGGGUGACGCUACAGUAUACAAGCACUACGCUGUGAGCAUGGGCAUCUUUACUUCGACGACCGGUCUUGCUUUUACUGCUGCGUAUGGCUUCUUUGAAAACUAUCCCACCAUUUGGCUCAAGUAUUGGUCCGACGACGUCGGCAAGGGCUUCAUACACCACUCUUUCGGCUACUACGCUGGGGUCUACGGUGCACUCAUGGCGUCUGCUAUGAUAUGCCUCAUGAUUUCCAUCAUCUUGUUCUUCGUCAUUGGCGUGAAGCGCGCAGGCGCAAACCUUCAUCAAAACGCCCUCACCACCAUGAUUAGCGCACCGCUAUCUUUCUUUACAACCACAGACACGGGCGUCGUCACCAACCUGUUCUCUCAAGAUUUGAAUCUCGUAGAUACAGAGCUGCCCAUGGCUCUGAUCAAUUGUUUCUUUGCAUUCUUCCAAGCACUCGGUCAGGCAUGCGUUAUGAUUACCGCAUCACCAUACAUCGCCAUCACGUACCCAUUUCUGAUUGCACUUUUGUUUCUCCUGGCAAAAUUUUAUCUGCGUACGUCCAGGCAGAUGCGACUGCUUGAUCUCGAGGCCAAGAGUCCGCUGUACGCACACUUUCUCGACACCAUCAAGGGCGUCGUCACCAUGCGAGCCUUUGGCUUUAUUGCCGAAGAUAUCAGCAAAAAUAAUAACCUGCUGAACACUAGCCAGCGUCCCGCGUAUCUGCUCGUCAUGAUUCAGCAAUGGUUGACGCUGGUUCUCGGCAUCGUUGUUGCAGUCUUGGCUACUGGAUUGACAGCACUCGCUACGCGUAUGCACUCUAGCUCUGGGUUCACCGGCGCGUCCAUGGUGACUCUAAUGAGCUUUGGCGAGAACCUUUCGAUGAUUGUUCAAUUUUACACUCGACUCGAAACGUCGAUUGGUGCCAUCGCGCGACUCAAGACUUUUAGCGCCACCGUCAAGCCUGAAAACCAAGAUCAUGAGGAUGUGAUUCCUGCUGAAGAAUGGCCGCAGAAGGGUGAAAUCAAGAUUGAGAAUGUGUCGGCGAGCUAUGAAUCAACCGAGUCAAAGACGGACGAUGCGCUUCACCUAGCCUUGAAGAAUAUUGAUCUAACGAUCCUUGCUGGAGAGAAGAUUGCCGUUUGUGGCCGUACUGGCAGUGGAAAGUCCAGCUUCGUCGCCCUACUGCUGAAACUCCUUGACCCUACCGCGGUUUCAAAGGGCAGCAUAGUGAUCGACGGUAUCGCUCUGAGCCACAUUCAGCGUUCUGCUCUGCGGCAGCGCAUUCUAGCCGUCCCCCAGGAAGCAGUCUUCUUGCCCAAUGGAUCCACCUUCCAGGCCAACCUGGACCCAUUUGAGCGUGCCACAGCCGACGACUGUGAAGCGGUGUUGAAAGUGGUUGACCUGUGGGACUUCGUCACAGAGCGAGGUGGUCUGGAGUCCGGCAUGAGCAGCGGCACCCUCAGUGCCGGCCAGCGACAACUCAUGUCGCUUGGUCGUACGGUGCUCAGGCGGCGCAUGCGAGCGAGAGAUCAGGGUAUCGACAAGGGCUCUCUUGAGCCCGAGGGUGGUGUUUUGCUCAUGGAUGAGGUGAGCUCGAGUGUUGAUAUCGAGACGGAGCGCAUCAUGCAAGACGUGAUGAAGCGCGAGUUUGCCAAGUAUACGAUUAUCGCAGUCAGCCAUCGCCUCGACAUGAUUAUGGACUUUGACAAGGUCGUCGUCAUGGACAAGGGUGAGAUUGUUGAGGUUGGAAACCCUGUGGCGCUUGCGCAGGAAGAACAAUCUCGCUUCGGUGACCUUGUCAAGGCCUCCAAUAAAUAG